AUGUCUUCUGCCGUCGAAAACACCACCGACAACCAGGUCGCCGCCCCGGCUGCCACCACCGCCCCCGAGGCCCCCAACGGGACUGCCGCUCCUGCGGCCACCCAAGCUGCGGAUGCCGCCGCCGCCAGUGCGGAUGAAGGUCGUCGGUUGUACAUUGGAAACCUCGCGUAUGCGACUACCGAGGGGGAGCUCAAGGAGUUCUUCGCUUCCUACAAGAUGUUUCGGAAUGAGUUCCCGCCGUCGUGGGUGAGCAAAUCGUGCGUCAUCCGCGUUACCCCCGGCUACGUCCCACGGAGAAAUGCUAUGAAGGUCGAGACAGGUGAGAGCGUCUCCAUCCCGGUGAACCCUCGCACCAACCGUCCCGUGGGCUACGCCUUCGUGGACCUGGCCACCGCCCAGGAGGCUACCUCCGCCAUCGAGCAGCUCUCCGGUAAGGAGAUUCUGCAGCGCAAGGUCUCCGUCCAGCUGGCCCGCAAGCCCGAACCCGCCGAGGCCAAGGCCGAGGGUGCCACCAGUGGAGGUGAGGGCGCCAGCGGCAACGAGGGCCGCAAGAGGGCCGGUGGCCGUGGUCGUGGCCGUGGUCGCGGUCGUGGCCGUGGCGGUCGCCUUGGCCGUGGAGGUCGUGUCCAGAGCGAUGCUGAGGGCGAGUCCGCCCCUCUGGCCGACGUCACCAACGAGGGUGAAGCCGAUUCUGCCGAGAAGCAGGCCGGCAAGCCUCGCGUUCGUGCUCAGAAGCAGCGUGGACCCCCCGAGGAUGGAAUUCCCUCCAAGACCAAGGUCAUGGUCGCCAACCUGCCCUAUGAUCUGACCGAGGACAAGCUCAAGGAGAUCUUCGUCAACUACCAGCCCGUCUCCGCCAAGAUUGCCCUGCGCCCCAUCCCCCGCUUCAUGAUCAAGAAGCUGCAGGCCCGCAACGAGCGCCGCAAGGGCCGUGGCUUCGGCUUCGUCACCCUGGGCUCCGAGGAGCUCCAGAACAAGGCCGUCCAGGAGAUGAACGGCAAGGAGAUCGAGGGCCGUGAGAUCGCCGUCAAGGUGGCCAUCGACAGCCCCGGCAAGGAGGACGACGCCGAGCUCAAUGGCGAGAAGACCGAGGAGGCGGCCACCGAGGCUCCGGCCAAGGAGAACGUCACCCCUGCCGCGGCCUAG